AUGAGAAGUCUCUGGGAAAGUGAGCCUUUUCCUAAUUUUUAUUUAAUUUACAAUUUGAAUUCAAGGAAUUUUCGUCCAGGGAAAAACUUAGAAUUAUAUCUCCAACAUUUUUUGUGAAGUGAUGAGUUUAUUUGGAACAGUCGGAAUGUCCAAACCUUAAUUUUCAAAAGACACUUAUAUAAACUUUCAAAGACAUUUUAUCACUUUUCAUUUUUUUUUUCAGUCAAGUCAAUAACGUGCCGAAAGAAACGAAUAUGUAUCCUGGUCGUAAUUUUAUCAUGCUGUAGCGCCGUUGUUUCCGCUGGAGGUUUUCUUUUUUGGUUUCUGUUCUGAACUAUGUUAGACUUGAAAGAAAAAAGAAGAUAGAGCUUUUUUUACAUGUUGAAUCAUGGCCGGGCCUGCCUAGCCUGCGCUUCGGGCCUUCAUUUCAAAAAAAAGCCUGCGCGGGCUCGGGCCAGGCCGGCCUUCGAAAAAAUAACCUUUAUUUCAUUAAAAAUAUUUCACCGAAAAACUGUUUUUGCAUGUUGAAUCAUAGUUUCUGAUAACUCUAUGAGGAAAAAUAAGCAAAAAGACCACUUUUCUCGUUUAAAAGGCGAAAAGUUCAACAAGAGGAAAGUUUGAGCUUUUUGGACCGGGUCGUCCAUUUUUGCUUGAGGCCCUUCUAAGGCCCAAUUUCUGAGAAGAGCUUGAUUGAAUAUUUGAUUUCAAGCUAGAAAAUUUUCAGAUGACUGCUGCAAAAGAUCCAUGUGGGCAUAUCCUUCGGGAAAUGCCAUCCCACCGGAGUGCGAGCUCCUUAAUUGCACCGAAGGAUCGAUCCACAUCGAAAAUCCCAACCCUUCACAUCCACUCGUUUUGGAUUUUCUGUCAAGAGCCACAAAAACCGGCUCCAUCACCAUAAUAAACGGCCCAUAUUUUGGAAUAAACAACACGAAUUUAGAAGAAAUUGUUCACAACGGUCCCGGUAGGUUUUUUUUCGGAAAUUAUUAUUUUUUAGUAUACCUUUGGACCUCAAUCUUCAUAGGCUACAAAUUUUGAAUGUCAAAUCGUCGCCCAAGCCUCGCCAUUUAUGGCGGGAUGAGCCAAUAAAAGAGCGAGCCAUCCAUAGAGCCUUUUUUAAGUGACGUCAUUCUACCUGAAAGCAAAAAUCUGAACAUUAUAUAGAACGUUUGAAGCUGGAGAGGCCCGAAAUUAUUCCGCAAAAUUCGAAAUUUUCUCUGAUUCUCUAAAAUUUAUUUGUCUUCCUCCCUAUUUGACCGCUCGUAGAGAAAUUUUUAAAAACACAUAAGUUUUUUUAUAUUAUCCUUUUUUUCAUUCAAGUCAUCUUUUUCUCUGAAUUUACCAAUUAAAAAAACGAGUUUUUUUAUAUUUUUUUAUUAAGAGUGAUUAACGAAUCUUUUUGUCUAAAAAAACGCAGAUUCAUCUUAUUUUUUUAUGUUCUAUUAUACAUUUUCCAGGUCCCGCUAUACACCUGAAAGAUUCGGGUCUCGACGCGAUGACAGCCUUUCCGAAUUUGAGCAGAAUAACAGUGAAAGAUCCUCUUCGUUAUUGCGAAAAUUGGGAUCUUUUGGUUCUCGAUGAACCGAAUGAUCAAGGUUCGUGGGAUUGGCUGGUGACCAUUGCGAAUGAGGUGGCGAUUAUCGGAUUUUUCAAUUUGUUGAGUUUGAUUUUUUAAAGACUCUGAAAGUUUGUAACAAUCCGACGACUACAACGGCCGCUUUUUCGUCUACUUCUCAAAAACCCGUGGCUUUCGAGCCCGCUUCGAAUGCUACGAAACUCGACGAAAAGGCCGAAAAACGCCCGAAGAGUUGUGUCGAUUGUAAGUUUAGAAGUGUUAUAAGCUCAAAGUGAAUUUUCCUUCAUUGGACGCGGUUUUGAAUUCUGAUAAAAAUAUAAGCUUGAAAAAUGCCUAAAAGGGUUUUUAUUUUACGAAACUAGCUUUUCCGAUUGAAACUGAGCUCAUUUUCAAAUGGUGUAGCCGAUUCCGCAAUAGCUUGUCAAAGACAAAAUUUCUUGCAAUUAUUUUAUUUUCGAGUUACGACGCUUCAAAAAAUUUUACAAACGCAUUUUUUCUAGUUUGCGAAAACCAAUGAUUCAUAACUUUACUAUGAGGCGCAAUAAAAAAAAUUUUCUGUUUUGGAAUGAAAUCAGAAUAUUCUAAUGGCCUUCAGCGUAAUUUCAAUUAAACCUCUGACCGGGGAUUCAAAAACCUCUCCUUUUUAGGUAUUUAAAAAAAACUUUUUCAGUUGAAAUUCCACUUUUCUAGUGAUUUUAUACUCAUCAAAAGUCCCAUCGUAUAGUCUGUUCAGUUUUUGAAUGUCAAGUACAAUGACGUCGUUCGAGAACGCUCUAUGGAUGGCUCGCUCUCUGAUUGGUUUAUCGCGCCAUUAGGGGCGGAGCUUAAGCGAUGACUUGACAUUAAAAUCUGAACAACCUAUAAAUCGAAACCAUUCCGUUAUAUUCAAGUUUUUUCAUUGUUGGAAUUUUCAGCCAAAAUACUGAUCGCACUUGUAGUGGCGAUGGUCGUGCUCCUUCUCGCCUUUUUGCUCGUCUUCUCCUUCGCCUUGGUUCUUUUCAUCUCGCGACGUCGACAAAACGCCAAGAUCGCCUCGCAGCGUAAGAAAGAAAUAAACUAAAACAAGGAAUCGCUAUAGCGUUUCAAUUGGGAUUUCCUGAUAAAUUUGCUCAAAAUGUAUUUGAUGAAUUGGAAAUGAAUCCGAAUAGUGGCAAACUAGGCAAACUUUUAGUUUAGGAAAUUAUUGAUUUUGGUAGAAUGAGAAUUGAACUUUCGGGUCAGGAGAAAAUUGAGCAUAAACUUUGGAAUUUCGAAUAAUUUCCGUUUUCCAAAAAGGGCUUUUCUGGACUUUCCUUUUUGAUCAAAAAAAAAGAUCUUACCUUUUUUUUCGAUAUUCCGAUAAUGUUAUAAUUUCGAUACUCGUAUACUUUAUAAGGAAAAUGUGAAUCAAUACAUUUUCACAAAAAUUCGAAAAUGGCAAAAAGAAAGAUUUUGAAAUUUUCACAAGAAGGACUAAUCGGACUAUUGGUACGAAAAUUCUUCAGAUUUUGGUAAUUUUUUUCUAUUUCUGUGAGAAAGUUCUAUUUUUCGUAUGUAAAAUGGCAAUAUAAGCGAAAAAAACAAAAAAACCUUAUAAAACCUCAAUGAAAAUAGGAUCUUGGGGGGUUUUUGAGAUUUCCUAUUGACUUCUGAAUGAGACUAGGUUCACUAUAGGCAGGUUUUCAGGCUGAUUAUGAAUCUGAUCUUAAAAACUGCCACGGACGUCUCUGAGAAAAGUUAGGAGCGCUCAAAAGUUUCAGAAUACGUUUUUUUUCCAUUUUUGAUCUGAAUUUUAUAAAUUUCCUAGAGAGAGGUCAAAAAACUACGUUAGAAUAACUGCGAAUUUCAAAGAUAAUUUUAAUAUACAAUUCUUGAUAAACAAUUGCAGUUUCGUACGCGACCCAAAUCAUGAACUUGAUGAUUAAUGUACAAGCGGGAAGGGACAGAAUAAUUUGUGAGUUUUUCAAAGGUCAUUUCCAAGUUUGUAUUGUUCUUUUUUCAGUGGAAACGGUCAAUUCGGACGCGGUCCAAGUGAUAGCCCAAAAACUAGGUGAAUUUCAAUUUUUGAUAGUAGUCCAGGUUUUUUUUUCCAUCACAUGAAUAGAUUUUGUAGGGAACUAGCGCUGAUAUCUGAAAAAAAUUGGAAGAAAAAAUAUUAUAAAGUCUUUGAAGAAGAAAAGAAUCGAGUUCUUUGGAUAACACACAAAAAUCUUUUUGAAUUGACUAUAUAGCUGAUUCACGGCUGGCUUGAGCCAUCGAAAAAUGGGUCCUGACACGAUGAGAAGAGAGACAGUGUCUGGUUGGUGGAGAGCGCAGACAGGAAACGCCCCUUUAGCGUCCCAAGCUGGAUGUAAAUCAGAUAUAUAGAAAAUCUUUAUUCUGAAUUCUGUUUUUUUUUUUCUGACCAAAUUCUGCAAAGCUCCCUUUUAUCCAAAAAAAAAUCUCAAAGUCAAAGCUCUGUGAAAAUUUUUAAAGUUAAGCUUUUUCAGAUGAAAUAAGCCCUCCUUCUCUCAAAGAAAAAAAAAAACUAACAAGUGUAUUCUUCGGCAAUACAUUUUAAAAAUCUUCAUUUAGCUUUUUCUGAAUUUCAGUGAGAAAAGUCGGCUCUUGGCAAACGAUGACGUCGACGCGCCUGUCGAAAAUCAAAGCCGAUCAGCCCUUGGAUCCUCAGAAGGACUUUAAUUUCCCCGAGGGGAAGUCUCUCCGAACACAAGACGUCCUCGCAAUAUGUGCACCUCGUCAGCAAACCGCCGAAUAUACCGAAGCUUUGGACAAAUACGAAACAAUCCUCAAAGCCCACAAAGCCGGCCGGAAGUACUACGAAGCGCCGAAAGACACAUCAAGGAUAUCGGAGACGCGUCAGAGCAAUAAGAAAUUGGCCAAAGUUUUGAAGAAGCUCGAGCCGAGAAGACAACCGGCAGUCCCGCCGAAAAAUCGCCCCAAAGCCGGCGAAGAUCUCGUCGAGAAAAAGAAAAUCGAUCCCUUGGUGAAGCCCAUCGAAUCGGUCAACAAGGAGAAAUGCAAGCCGUUGGUUUUGUCGACGGAGCCUGGGUUUAGAGCGAAGUUCGAUCCCAACUACAAAGCUCUCCGUGAGUUUUAUACUUCUGGCAAGUGGAUUUUAAUACUCGGAGGCAUACGUCGGCUAUAUCCCACUUCCGGGGUGCGGCCUACCCCCCGAAAAGUGCGGCCUACUGGGAAAAGCUGUCUCGAAGGACCAUUUAGGGGAUCCUAUAGGGGUGCAGUAGGGGUCCUUCAGUAUACCUCCCUAGAGGGACUUUUUUCACCCUAUAGGACCCACUACAGCUUUUCCCAGCACUUCAGUAUUUUUCCAAUUUUUUUGCAUGCAAAAGGCAUCCAGCUGAUAUAUGCUCGGAGGGAAAAUAAAAGUAGAGCCUCUCCAAUUUUUGAUUAGUCUCAUUGCCCGCUCGUUUUCUAAGGGUUUUUAAAUUUUUUUACUUUCCAAAGUUCGGAAAUUUGGAACUCUGAGGAUCACUGAAAAAGUUCUCAAAAAAACGGUAUUUUUUUGAAAAAAAAUUACAACUUUGCUCGGAAUGGUCCAAAAAAAGAUGAAAAUUGAUAUUUUUUUCGAUCUUCUAAUUUAUUACAAUGGUUUUUCGAUAUUUUUUUCAGCUUUAUCAUGGCUUUUUUUCGCUUUGAGGCCUGUAAAAGGAAGACUAGUGAAAAAAAGAAUUUUUUUACCAAAAAAAUUUGAAAAGCUGAAGUGGAAUAAUUUUAAUAAUUCGGAGUUUCAUGUCAUAAAAAUUGGAAGAAGUUUUUCUGUUUUUUAAUUUUUCAACUUUUACUUUUUUUCACAAAUGAGUUUCUGAAAACUUCAAGAAUUCCUCUGGAAAUUUUUUUAAAGAGUAUAUUUUUCCAGACGACAAUAUGACGAUUCUCGGACUUCUCUGCGAUCAGAUGCAGAAUUUUGUUGAAGUUCACGGGGAAGGUUCCUAAAAACGAGUACUCAAUAAGAAAAUGAGGAUUUCAAGUUCUGACUGUUGUGAAGACGGUCGUGGAACAGACGGCGGCUUGGAACGUGGCCCGCGCUUUGGACUAUGCUCAGAAAGAUAGGAAGUACCUGGCAGGGAAGGUCAGACGCUCGCCCUUAGACAUACGGGAUGCGACUGGCAAGAUUGCCAGUCAGGCCGUCUUAGAUCCGACCAGUUCGUUUUAGACAGCUCGAAAAUGGUUUUUUGAAUCAUUUGUAGACAAUGAAGAAAAAAAAAGGUAUAAAGAUCUAGUUGAAGAAUUAAAAUCUUUCGCUAUGUUAAGCGACAAUGUUCCUUUAAUAGUGCUACAUUUUCCGAUCUUUUCGUUCAAACCAUACCCGAUGGACAGCAGCCAUCGAAAAAGGGUCCUGACACGAUCACAAUGAAAAAAGAGAUAGUGCCUAGUUAAUGGAGAGCGCAGACAGUGCCCCGUCCCUCACAGUCUCAAGCUAGACGUGAAUAGACUAUAACAGUUAGAAGAAGGAUUCAAAGGAUGUAGCGCUAUUAAAGGAUCAUCGUCUUGCGCGAUAUAGUCCGUUUUUCGCGACUUGAAAAAGGCGCGACUUCUCUGCGCCCCUCUCAUGUUGACGUACUGUUUUCACGUUUCUCUGACCUCCACGGUUAGGGAACUUAAACACGCGAAAACUGCCAAGUCGCGGCGGACGGACUGUAAAACAUUGACGCUAAAGAUGUGGCGGACGGAGCUUCUGCACAUUGAAAUUCCGAACAGACUAUAUCUAGUUCUGUAACUUCGUUCUCGCAUUAUUUUAAAGGAGGAAGAUGCCUUUAGAGUUAAUUCACAAGCAUUUUUUCAUGAAGGUUCAAAAAAAUUCUCGAAACGAUUUGUGAAGGAGCAAAAGAAGAUGGUCCUCAUAAAUGAUUCUCGCCUGCCUUACGCCAUCGAAAAAAGGGUCCUGACGCGAUAAGAAAAGAAAUAGCGCCUAUAGCCUGUUCAGAUUUUUAAUGUCAAGUGCAAUGACGUCAUUCAAAAACACUCUGUGGAUGGCUCGCUCUCUGAUUGGUUUAUUGCACCAUUAUGGGCGGAGCUUGAGCGAAAACUGGACAUUCAAAAUCUGAACAGACUAUAGUUGGUGGGGAGCCUAGACAGGCCACGCCAUUUUACUUUCCAAGCUAGCCGUGAAUCAACGUUAUCCUAACCAUUUCUCGCUUUUUUUUAAGUCAGCUGUAACUUAUAAUUUAGUAGAAAAAUUAGCGAAUUUUCAUAAAAUAAGUGCUGGGACGAUGAUAAUUGGUAAGACUGUAAACUCAUAUUUUUUAUUAAUAAGCUUGUGAGAAUGAAAUUUGCAUUGUUAGCACAUUUUCGAAAGCCUGAAUAUAGCUGAUUCACGGCUGGCUUGAGCCAUCGAAAAGCGGGUCCUGACACGAUAAUGCACGAGAUAGCGCCUUUCUCGUGGAGAGCGCAGACAGGCCACCCCCCUUAGCGUUUUAAGCUGACCGUGAAUCAGCUAUACAUCAUAGCUGUAUAGUCUGUGUACCACGACUUAGAAUUUCACGGAACGACAUUCCGCUGAUCCGCUGCGCGCCUUUGCGAACCUUGGACGCGCCUUUAAGUUUUUUUUUUCUUUUAUGAAGGCAAUCUACUUUAAUGUGCUCCCACAGCAAUAACAAUCAAUUGAGAGCGUGACCUAGAUUCGAAAGACGCUUCGCGAACGCACGCAGCGGAAUGUCGUUCCGGGAAAUUUCAAGUCGUGGCACACAGACUAUAAUACCCUUCGAACUUUUUUUUUGAAUUCGUUUUUUCAAGUAGAUGAAAAUUCACUAGUUUUUAGACAUUUUUAAACUCUACUUCAUAUGAAAUCACACUCUCCAGUGUUCCACAACGACUUUGUCGAGCUUCUCGAAAAAUGCCCUCCCGAAGACAAGAAGCUCCUCGGAAUGCUCGAAGAAGAGAACAAAAAUCGGGCUCUGCGACUUGCCGCCGCUGGCAAAAAUUACGCUCUGUACCAUAAUGGCUAGUUUUUUUUAAGAAGUUCCGAAUACACUAUACUUGUAGCUCCUUAACUUGAAGAUCUCGAAACAAGAAAAAAGAUUUUCAGUUCGGACAAAGUUGGGCGACGCCGUCUUGCCCGGCGAAACACUGGCCGACGCCAAUAAACGGCAUUAUUGUAAGGAUUUCGUUUUUGAAGGCAUUUUCUAGCCGAUUUCUGAAGAUUUGCUUCGGAUUUUCAAAUAUACUCAUAAAACGGCGCAUUGAUUGAGAAAAAAAAACUCAACUUUAAAUCUCGCGUCAAAAAAUUCACUCGGAAAAAUCCAAUUUUCAAUUCGCGCCUCUACUUAGGAACUCCAGAGUGAUCCCUAUUGGGUGAACCUUAGGACCCCUCCCCUCUAGGGACCACUUUACCAACCGCUAUAUGGACCACUAAAGAUCACCUUGAUUUUACCCCUAUAGGGACCACUUUCUCGGAUCCUAUAGGAGCUGUUUCCCCCGAACCUCUAUAGUGAUCACUUUAAAAUUCUUAAGAGCCGUAAAUUUGUAGCUGAUUCACGGCUGCUUUGGGCCAUCGAAAAAAAAGUCCUGACACGAAGAAAAAAGACAGUGCCUGGUUGGAGGAGAGCGCAGACAGGCCACGCCUCUUUGGGCCCAAUGCUACCCGUGAAUCGGCUUUACCGAAAUUGCAUACCGUAAUAUACUUUUCACAGGCAGUCAUAUAUAGAUGGCUCACGGCUGGCUUGAGCCAUCGGAAAAGGGUUUUGACACGAUAAAAGAAAAGAUAGUGUCGAGCUUGUGGAGAGCGCAGACUGGCCACGCCUCUAAGGGUCCCAAGUUAGCCGUGAAUCGACUAUAAAGCUUUCUUUCCGGAGGUGUGGAAACGAUAUAAAAGUUUGGAUCGGAAAAAAAAAUGAUAGAGGAACGUAAAUUGACUUUUUGUUUAAGUUGAAGUUUGUUUGUUUGUUUUUUCCCGUCUUAGCCUGUCCCGACUCUGGGGGUCAAGUAGAAUGAUGUCAUUCCAAAUCGUUCUGUAGAUGACUCGCUCUUCGACUUUUUUAUCGCUCCAUAAGGGGGCGGAGCUUGAGCGACGACUUGAUACAAAAUCUGAACAGACUUCUUCUUCUUCUUACGCCUUUGUACCGCUUGAGCGGCGUCGGCGCCCCAAGUCGAUUAGCCGAGGUCCUAUCCUGAUGAUAAUCAGUGGACUGGCUCCAGUGACAUAUCCGUCUUUGUGUGUGACGGCUGGGGAUUAUGAAGUCGUGGUUUCCCACUACCAACAUUCCUUAAACCCCUUGGUUGGGUCAGGGCGGGGAUCGAACUUGUGACCCUGUGGACCGUAGACAGGCACACAACCUGUUGCGCUACGGCGCGCCCCAAAAUCUGAACAGACUUCACUUGAUUUAUAUCUAAAAGGAAAAAAAAAUUUCAAGUAGACCGCUGGGAACUGAAGAAACUCUAGGAGUUGGUAUCAGCUUUUUAAAACUCAUUCCUUACUAACCGUUUUCCUUUGAAACAGUUUUGAAAGAAGGCUAUUUUUCAGACGAACAAACACGCCUUCGAGAAAUCGCCAGCCUCGUCGAUGAACGGUAUCAUCGUAAUCUUCCCAAUCAAAGGCCGAAAAAAAGUUUCGUUGAAGAAUACAAGUCACUAGAUAAGGUGUUGCAAAAGAAGCCGAAGGAGAAGAAACCGAAAGAAAAACAAAAUUCGAAGGUCAAAGCCAAGGGAUCGAAGAAUUUAAAGAAGGAGAAAUCCAAGGACCUUACGAAAGAGAACAAGAAAAAGACGACAGACAAAGCAAAACUGAAAGAAAAGUCUAAGGACCCUUCUAAAGAUAAUCUAAAAAAGGCAAAAGACAAGGUAAACUUGAAGGAGAAAUCCAAAGACCCUUCCAAAGAUAACAAGAAAAAACCGAAAGAAAAGGCGGUCUCAAAGGAAAAGUACAAGCAGCCCUCUAGAGAUAAAAAGAAGGAGCCGAAAGAAAAAAUGGUAUACAAAGAGCCCUCUAAAGAUAACAAGGAAAAACCAAAAGAAACGAAGAUUUCAAUAGAAAAGUCAAAGGAGCCUUCUAAAGAUAACAAGAAGGAGCCGAAAGAAACGAAGAUUUCGAUAGAAAAAUUCAAGGAGCCCUCUAAAGAUAACAAGAAGGAGCCCAAAGAUAAGGCAACGUUAAAGGAAAGACCCAAGGAGAAAACUAAAGAGAAAGUGAAAUCUAAAGAUCAAGAGAAGAAGGAAAAACCGAAAGACGUUAAGAAGUCGAUUUUGAAGGAUUCGAAAGAAGCCCUCAAGAAGACAAAGAAAUCGGAAGACAAGGACAGAAAAUGAAGAACUGA